UCCCUUCGGACUCUCCGUACUCGCCGCUCUCAUCCGCUCUCAUUUGACGAGUAUUUCAUUUUAAGAUGUAAAUAUUUGUUCGUGGUUUUAUUAAUAAAUGAAUAAUGUCUGCGAAGGGGACGUCGAGAGGAUUUUAUUUUAAUACUGUGCUGUCUCUCGCGCGCUCUCUGGCUGCGCAUCGGCCCGCUCCGAUUGACAAGGUUCAGAAGCUACAAUGCAUGUGUCCUGUGGACAUCCGUGGUGUUUUCCAGCUGGAUGAGAGGAGGAGAGAUGCUGUAAUCGCUCUGGGCAUCUUUCUGGUGGAGUCUGAUCUACAGCACAAGGACACUAUCGUCCCUUACCUGCUGGGUCUGCUGAAGGGAUUACCCAGGGUGCAAUGGAUCGAAGAGUCUUCAGAGAGGAGAGGAAGAGAAACGCUUCCUGUAGCAGAGAAUUUUUCGUUCGGUUUGGUGACGAUGCUCUCAGACGUCGCCCAGAUGGACGAGUCCGUGCGAAUCCAGAUUCUGGAGGCUGUCACGAAUCUCAUGCAGGUUCUGCAGGAAACUUGUCAGAACAUUGAAGGUCAAGAUAAAGAAUACCUGUGUAAAUACACCGUGCCCUGUCUGCUCGGCGUGGUGCGAGCUUUCGGUCGCUACAGCAACACCGAGGAACCCCUGCUGUCCAAACUGUUCCCACGGGUGAGCCCUCAACCUCCGGGCACAGGUGAGGCGACGGAGGUGACCCGCCGGAGAUCCUUCAAUGAGUUCCGCUCCAUCCUCCCCAGCUCCCUCCUCACGGUCUGCCAGAGCGACACCCUGCGCCGCAAAACCAGCAGCGUGUCCAGCACCUCUCAGCAGGCCAGUCCUGAGCAUGCCGGACUUCCUCCUAGUUCACCUUCUGAUCCCUCUGCUCCUUAUUUUGAAGGCUCGUAUCUCCCUGACGGCAGCGCUGUGGAUCCAGACUAUUAUUUCUCCAACAUCAGCUCCAGUUUCUCCGUGUCUCCUCUCUUCACGGGCAGUAACAGUAAAGAGUUUGACGUACCUCUGGAUUUACUCAGACAGCUUCUGCAGAUGGUCGAGCAGUUUGUUGCAGAAUCUUUUUUGAAGGCGCUGGAUCAGACUAUGACAGAAGUGCUGGAGCUGAAUCCAGCGGCGAAUCUGUUCUACAAGACCUUCAGUGAUCCGCUGUAUGUGGCCAUCUUUAAAAUGCUGAGAGACACCUUGUAUUACAUGAAAGAUCUACAGACGGCGUUUGUGAAGGAGGUUCAUGAUUUCGUUCUGGAGCAGUUCAGCAGCAGUCAGUCUGAGCUUCAGAGGAUCCUGCAUGACGUGGAGUAUCUCCACAGCGAGCUGAAUCCCCUCAAACUGCGCUGUCAGGCCAAUGCCGCCUGCGUGGACCUCAUGGUGUGGGCCGUGACGGAGGAACAGGGUGCGGAGAACCUCUGCACCAAACUGUCUGAGAAACUGCAAUCCAAGACGUCCAGUAAGGUGAUCAUCGCUCACAUGCCCCUCCUCAUCUGCUGCCUACAGGGACUGGGUCGGUUGUGCGAGCGUUUUCCUGUGGUGGCUCAUUCAGUCACAAUGUCUCUGAGAGAUUUCUUGGUGGUUCCUUCACCUGUGCUUGUUAAACUGUACAAGUAUCACAGUCAGUACUCUACAGCAGGCACUGGAGAGAUCAAGAUCCAUGUGACCAAUGAACACUCUCAGUCCACCUUCAGCUCUCACUCCAUUAAAAAGAUCCAGCCUUCCAUGUACGAGCAGCUGAGAGACAUCUCCACCGACAACAUCUGCAGGUGUUUGAAGUCAGGUUUGACCAUGGACUCUGUCAUUGUGGAGGCUUUUCUCGCCAGCCUCUCCAACCGUCUGUACAUCUCGCAGGAAAAUGAUAAGGACGCUCACCUCAUCCCAGAUCACACUAUACGGGCAUUAGGGCACAUCGCUGUGGCCCUGAGGGAUACUCCACGCGUGAUGGAGCCCAUUCUUCAGAUCCUCCAGCAGAAGUUCUGUCAGCCUCCGUCUCAGCUCGACGUUCUGAUCAUAGACCAGCUGGGCUGUAUGGUCAUCACUGGAAAUCAAUACAUUUAUCAGGAAGUGUGGAACCUGUUCCAGCAGAUCAGCGUGAAGGCCAGCUCUAUGGUCUACUCCACCAAAGACUAUAAAGAUCAUGGAUACAGGCACUGUUCUCUGGCCGUGAUCAACGCGCUGGCCAACAUCGCGGCGAACCUGCAGACGGAGCAGAUGGUGGACGAGCUGCUGGUGAAUCUUCUGGAGCUGUUUGUUCAGCUGGGGCUGGAGGGCAAACGGGCGAGCGAGAGAGCCAGCGAGAAGGGGCCGGCCCUCAAGGCGUCCAGUAGUGCUGGUAAUUUAGGAGUUCUCAUUCCUGUCAUCGCUGUGCUGACCCGACGUCUGCCGCCCAUAAAAGAGGCCAAACCCAGACUACAGAAGCUCUUCAGAGAUUUCUGGCUCUAUUCGGUUGUCAUGGGAUUCGCUGUUGAGGGCUCAGGUCUGUGGCCGGAGGAGUGGUAUGAGGGUGUGUGUGAGAUCGCAACCAAAUCUCCCCUGCUGACGUUCCCGAGCGGAGAGCCGCUGCGAUCAGAACUGCAGUAUAACUCCGCCCUCAAGAACGAUACUGUCACUGCGGCUGAGCUGAAUGAUUUGAGAGGCACCAUCAUAAAUCUCUUGGAUCCUCCACCUGAUGUCGCCGCUCUCAUUAAUAAACUGGACUUCGCCAUGUCCACCUACCUGCUGUCUGUCUAUCGGCUGGAAUACAUGAGGGUGCUACGCUCGCUGGAUUCUGAUCGAUUCCAGGUCAUGUUUCGCUAUUUUGAGGACCGAGCCAUCCAGAAAGACAAAUCAGGAAUGAUGCAGUGUGUCAUCUCAGUGGGCGAUAAGGUUUUCGAUGUAUUUCUCCAGAUGAUGGCUGAAAAGCCCAAGACCAAAGCUCACGAGGAGGAGUUAGAAUGUCACGCUCAGUUCCUAUUGGUCAACUUUAAUCACAUUCAUAAGAGAAUCAGACGCGUGGCCGACAAAUAUCUGUCAGGUCUCGCCGAGACUUUUCCUCAUCUCCUGUGGAGCGGUCGUGUGCUGAAGACCAUGUUGGAUAUCUUGCAGACCCUCUCUCUUUCUCUCAGCGCUGACAUCCACAAAGAUCAGCCGUUUUAUGACAUCCCCGACAUCCCGUACCGCAUUACAGUUCCUGAUACAUAUGAAGCUAGAGAGAGUAUAGUGAAAGACUUUGCCGCGCGCUGUGGAGAAAUCCUGAAAGAGGCUAUGAAAUGGGCACCGUCGGUCACCAAAUCUCACCUACAGGAAUACCUGAACAAACAUCAGAACUGGGUCUCGGGUCUGUCCCAGCACACGGGUCUCGCCAUGGCCACAGAGAGCAUCCUGCACUUCGCUGGAUACAACCGACAGAGCACCAGCUUGGGUACCACUCAGCUCACGGAGAGACCCACUUGUGUCAAGAAAGACUAUUCCAACUUCAUGGCCUCCCUCAACCUGAGAAACCGCUAUGCUGGAGAGGUGGCAGGCAUGAUUAAUUUCUCAGAGGCCACGAGGAGCACGUCAGACCUGAACAAGCUGAUGAUCCAUCAGAUGACUGACGCUCUUGAUCAAGGGCAGCCUGAAGCUUUCACUGAAGCCAUGUUUAAAAUGGCCGCUCUGCUGAUCAGCUUCAAAGAGUGUGACCCUCAGCUUCUUCAUCAUCUGUGCUGGUCACCCUUAAAGAUGUUCACGGAGAACGGUAUGGAAACGGCUAUAGCCUGCUGGGAGUGGCUGCUGGCGGCCCGGACCGGACUGGAGGUCCCGUUCAUGCGGGAGAUGGCUGGCGCGUGGCAGAUGACCGUAGAGCUGAAGAUGGGCCUGUUCUCUGACACCCAGGAGGAGGCGGAUCCCCUCGCGGCUUCAGAGGAGAGCCAGCCCCUCCCCUGCCCUCCUGACGUCACACCUCACUACAUCUGGAUCGAGUUUCUGGUUCAGCGGUUUGAGAUCGCCAAGUACUGCAGUGAAGAUCAAGUGGAGAUCUUCGGCAGUCUUCUGCAGAGGUCUCUGUCCCUCAACGUCGGCGGCUCGAAAGCCAGUUUGAAUCGGCACGUGGCCGCCAUUGGUCCUCGCUUCAGGUUGUUGACACUCGGACUCUCCUUACUGCACUCUGACGUAGUGACCAACGCCACCAUCCGCAACGUCCUGCGAGAAAAGAUCUACUCCAGCGCUUUUGAUUAUUUCAGCGUCGCGUCCAAGUUCCCUACGCAGGGGGACAAGCGUCUCCGCGAGGACAUCAGCGUCAUGACCAGAUUCUACGCCAACAUUCUCUCCGAUAAGAAGUACCUAGCCGCUAGCCAACUCGUGCCACCCGGUGAGCUCGGCGCCAAUCCCCCUCAAAGCUCCCUCUCCACGGGGAUUUUCGGAUCGCUAAUCGUUUCCAGCACCUCUCCGAUAUCGAUGUUAAAUAACCAGGACCCGUCUCUGAACAGUCUGUCUGUGAUGAACGCAGCCGAUCCCAGGAACAACAUGGACAUGAGCGUGGGUUCACGACAGCAGAGCGCUCAGGGCUGGAUCAACACUUAUCCUCUGUCCAGCGGCAUGUCCACCACCUCCAAAAAAUCAGGCAUGUCUAAAAAGAGCAACAGAGGCACCCAGUUGCACAAAUACUACAUGAAACGCAGAACACUGCUCUUGGCUUUACUGGCGAGCGAGAUCGAGCGACUCACCACGUGGUAUAACCCGCUGUCCACGCAGGAGCUGAGCAUCGCCACAGAGCAAUCCGUCGAAACCAGCAUCUCCAACUGGAGGUCCAAAUAUAUCAAUCUGAGCGAGAAACAGUGGAAAGACAACGUCAAUCUGGCCUGGAGCAUCUCUCCUUACCUCGCCUUACAGCUGCCCGCCAGGUUUAAAAAUGCAGACGCCAUCGUGGUUGAAGUGACCCGCCUGGUUCGACUGGAUCCUGAUGCUGUCAAUGAUGUACCCGAGGCGGUGAAGUUUCUGGUGACGUGGCACACGAUUGAUGCAGAUUCUCCGGAGUUGAGUCAUAUUCUGUGCUGGGCCCCUGCCGACCCCCCCACCGGCCUCUCGUACUUCUCCAGCAUGUAUCCGCCUCAUCCGCUCACUGCUCAAUACGGAGUCAAAGUCCUGCGCUCGUUCCCGCCGGACGCCAUUUUGUUCUACAUUCCUCAAAUCGUUCAGUCUCUACGCUAUGACAAGAUGGGUUACGUGCGCGAGUACAUCUUGUGGGCCGCGCAGAAGUCCCAGCUCCUCGCCCAUCAGUUCAUAUGGAACAUGAAGACCAACAUCUACCUGGAUGAGGAGGGCCUUCAGAAAGAUCCGGACAUCGGUGAGCUGUUGGAGCAGAUGGUGGAGGAGAUCAUACACUCUCUGUCAGGUCCAGCUAAAGAUUUCUACCAGCGCGAGUUUGAUUUCUUCAACAAGAUCACCAACGUCUCCGCUAUCAUCAAGCCUGUUCCGAAAGGAGAUGAGAGAAAGAGGGCGUGUCUAAAAGCGCUGUCAGAAAUCAAAGUUCAGCCUGGAUGCUAUUUACCCAGCAAUCCAGAAGCAAUCGUCCUCGAUAUCGACUACAAGUCAGGAACUCCCAUGCAGAGCGCCGCUAAAGCCCCUUAUCUGGCCAAAUUCAAAGUGAAGAGGUGUGGAGUGAGCGAGCUGGAGAAGGAGGGUCUGCGCUGUCCCUCAGACUCGCUGGACGAAGCUGAUGAGAAUUCUGAGUCGGCUCAGAAGGUCUGUUGGCAGGCGGCCAUCUUUAAAGUGGGCGAUGACUGCAGACAGGACAUGCUCGCCCUGCAGAUCAUCGGCCUCUUCAAGAACAUCUUCCAGCUGGUUGGUUUGGAUCUGUUUGUGUUCCCGUACCGUGUUGUGGCCACCGCUCCUGGCUGUGGCGUGAUCGAAUGCAUCCCCGACUGUAAGUCCCGCGAUCAACUCGGCCGGCAGACCGACUUCGGCAUGUACGAGUAUUUCAGAAACCAGUAUGGAGAUGAGUCCACGCUGGCCUUUCAGAAGGCGAGAUAUAACUUCAUUCGCAGCAUGGCAGCGUACAGUCUCCUGCUAUUCCUGUUACAAAUUAAAGACAGACACAACGGCAACAUCAUGCUGGACAGCAAGGGACAUCUCAUCCACAUUGAUUUUGGCUUCAUGUUUGAAAGUUCUCCGGGUGGGAAUCUGGGCUGGGAGCCUGACAUCAAACUGACCGAUGAGAUGGUGAUGAUCAUGGGGGGGAAGAUGGAGGCCACGCCCUUUAAAUGGUUCAUGGAGAUGUGUGUGCGCGGAUACCUGGCCGUAAGGCCGUACAUGGACGCUGUGGUGUCUUUAGUGACGUUGAUGCUGGACACGGGGCUGCCCUGCUUCAGAGGACAAACCAUCAAAUAUCUCAAGCAAAGGUUCAACCCUAACAUGAGCGAGAAGGAAGCGGCUGCUUUCAUGAUAAAAAUCAUAGAACGCUGUUUCCUCAGCAACAGGAGCAGAACUUAUGACAUGCUGCAGUUUUACCAGAACCAAAUCCCAUACUGAGACCGGACCAGCACAUCUUCUCUCCUCUUCCUCCUCUUCCUCAGACUGACAUCAGCAGCCAUCAUCAGUCUGUUAGAAUCCAUAACGAUGAGCACUUUAUAGAUAUGAAUAAAUCACCCGCCUGAUCUCAGCGUCCAGGUGUGUAGCUUCCUGUUCAGGGCCUGCAUGUAUGUCGUCUUAUCUCCCUUUAAGCCAUCUGCCGUUUGUGCGUUUUGACAUUCCAUGUUUAUGAACACAUCCUUUAACUCUACUUGAAACUUUAUCAAUGGGUUUAAGUCCCGGCACCCAGGAAGCCAUUUCUGAGACGGGCACCGAUUGCACUGUUGAUUUGGUGCCGUCACAAUGACCUGUUUUAUGCAAUACAUCUUUGUGUGUACAGUGUAUUUUCUGUGUGCUCCGUUUUCAUCACUGGAUGGGUGAAGCGCAUGAAACCAGACGAACUUCAAAAAAGAAAUAAAGGGCGAAUUAUAUUCAGACCUAAUAAAUGCAUUACUGUAAUGCGAAAAAUAAUCGUGAGUUGUGCUGUCGUGAACAAAACUGUCAUGAAUAUAUUCACAAGAAUUGAGAACGUCUUAAGUUUUGAUUUUGAGACGUCAUGUGACUUGGAUGUGUUCUGGUUCGUGUGUUUACUCUUAACAGGGAUUUUCAACCGGAAAAAGAAAAUGGUAGUGUACUGACGUUUUCAAUAGCUGCUGAUCUUUGAUCAUUCAAUUUGUCAGAAUAUUUUGCAUGUACUUUUUUUAAAGCUUGUUUGGCUGUGACGAUGAAGAAUUAAGUAACGUCAUAGCGGUCCAAAUGGAAAGAGUAUUACAUUUCAUUGGUGAGGUUUACAGAAAUGUGCUGUAGAAUGAUCAUUUUUAAAUAGACCAUCGAUGAAUAGAUUUCAUAUAAUCUUUACACGUUAGAAACGAUCUGUAGUCUUAAGAAUAAUUUUCAUGUAACGUUACUCAGAGAUAAGAUGUACAUUUUAACGGAAAAACUAUGCCUAAGAAGAAAUAUGGCAAAAGGGUCUCUGACUUUUUUUCUGUGUAUGUUGAAGUUUUAUCUGGUGUAUUUUAAUUCAUUAGCGUCAUCAUUGACAAUCAAUUCACCUGUUGAACUUUGUUCUGUGUUGAAACUGAUGUUAUGCUGUACCAUUACAAUUCACUCGUAUUGAUGUUUGUCAGUGAAAAGUCUGCUGGAAAAUAACCUCAACAUAGACGCUGUCUCCAAUGACGCACGCUGUUUGUCCACAUUUGCACUUUUAACAUUUCAUUGCUGUUAGCGUAAAUAAAUGUGUCCGUGAACAGAAAUGGAAGACCUGAAAUGAUCUAUAAAAAUAUAAACUCAGAAUAUAAAAUGCAAACGUGUUCCUUGUAGUUUUUGUCACAGAUUUCAAUCAAAGUCGUGUAUAAUGUUUGAUAUGAAUGACGAGAGCUUCACCUGUGUUUUCUGUGUGUUAUAUGUAGAGAGGAUGAGUUCAGAUACUGUGACUCUCGUGUGCAUGAAUAUUUCAUAGCCGCAGAAAUGCUGAGCUCAUCUUAACAUGGACAUACAUAACACAAAAGUUAUACGUCACAUACAUUCUGUACUCGUAUCUCAUUUGUUAUGCAAGCAUCAUUAUUACUGA